AACACGAGAACAAAAACAGGAGAGUGAGAAAGAAAUGGUGAGGAUUCUCCCCAUGGCAUCUUCAUCUAUCCAUCUCGCCUCCUUUCGCCCUUCUCUCCGUUCUCUCAGAAUCUCGGGUGCUGCUUGCAUCGGUGCAUCUCUCUCAACAUAUAAUCCUUCUCGAAGGCUCGCUCUAUUUCAUCUCGGUAGCAGUAUUCCUCAGGGGCAGUUUUUUGGUAUACAAGCACCUAAAUUGUUAAGAGCAGAGGGGAGCAGCUUAGAGGCUGGCACAGCUGGAAAUGUGGCACAGGCAAGCACUGUUGUCAGCCAGGAAAAUAUACUAGAGUGGGUCAAGAAGGACAAGCGGAGAAUGCUUCAUGUUGUUUAUCGUGUUGGGGACUUGGACAGGACCAUAAAAUUUUAUACAGAGUGUCUAGGUAUGAAGCUGUUGCGGAAACGUGACAUACCUGAGGAAAGAUACACGAAUGCUUUUCUUGGAUAUGGGCCUGAGGAUUCCCACUUUGUUGUUGAGCUCACCUACAAUUAUGGAGUGGACAAGUAUGAUAUCGGAACUGCGUUUGGCCAUUUUGGUAUUGCGGUUGAGGAUGUUGCCAAGGUGGUGGACCUCAUAAAGGCAAAAGGGGGGAAAGUGACAAGGGAACCUGGACCAGUUAAAGGUGGAAAAACAGUAAUUGCUUUUAUUGAAGAUCCUGAUGGUUAUAAGUUUGAACUCUUGGAAAGAGGUCCUACUCCUGAGCCUUUGUGUCAAGUAAUGCUUCGGGUGGGAGAUCUUAACCGGGCCAUAAAUUUCUAUGAGAAGGCUUUCGGCAUGGAACUUCUGCGCAAGCGAGAUAAUCCCGAGUACAAGUAUACGAUAGCCAUGAUGGGCUAUGGUCCAGAAGAUAAAAGUGUAGUGCUGGAGUUGACGUACAAUUAUGGGGUCACUGAAUAUGACAAAGGAAAUGCCUAUGCACAGAUAGCAAUAGGCACAGAUGAUGUUUAUAAGACUGCAGAAGCAAUUAAACUGGGUGGUGGGAAGAUCACCCGCGAGCCUGGGCCUUUACCGGGUAUCAACACCAAGAUUACUGCUUGCUUGGAUCCUGAUGGUUGGAAAUCGGUUUUUGUUGACAAUAUUGAUUUUCUCAAGGAAUUGGAAUGACCUUGGAAACAUUGUGAUGAAUGACGUAGCUAUUUUCAACUGGAUCGAUUUAAAUCUUCAUUGUGCUUGAUAGUUUCAUCCCAGUUCACCACAUGAGAAUGCACCACUGCCAUUUUGUAGAUAAAAAAUCAUUUGCCUAUUGUACAAACAGUUGUAAUAAGCACCUCCCAAGCAAUUGACCUACAGCAGUUUAGGAAGUUUGAGAUAUGUACGUUUUAAUUUGUUUGUGCAAUAGAAAAUUUAGUCUUCCAUCCCCUU